CAUCACUGGUCCAUCUGUAGUUCCUGGCUACUUCUCCGUUGACAUGGAAAAUGUUGUGCUAGUUCUGAAUGGAAGAGAAAAAGCAAAGAUCUCUUACGCCACUCAGUGGUUGCAUUAUGCACAAACGUUAAUUCAUACUCACAAAAUACAGCAUGUAGCCGUUGUGCUGCUUGGAAAUGAGCAGUGCAACAAUGAAUGGAUUCAACCAUACCUGAAAAGACAUGGAGGAUUUGUAAAUUUACUCUUUGUUACAUAUGACUAUGCGUUGGUAAAUGAAGAAGAUAUUUUCCAGUGGCCUUUAGGAGUAGCUACCUACAGAAAUUUUCCAUCUGUAGAACCCAGCUGGUCAAUGCUACAUGAUCCAAGAUCAUAUCUAUGUAAUUUCUUAGGAACAGUUUAUAGGAACUCUUCUAGGGAAACCCUAAUGGAAAUUCUGAAGCAGGAUGGGCUUGAUAAACUUUGCUGGAUUGCAGCCAGAGAACAGUGGCAGCCUCAAGAAACAAAUGAAAGUUUCAAAAACUAUCAAGAUGCCUUGCUGCAGAGUGAUUUGACGUUGUGCCCAGUGGGAAUAAAUACAGAAUGCUAUAGAAUUUAUGAAGCUUGUUCAUAUGGAUCUCUGCCUGUUAUAGAAGAUGCAAUGACACCGGGUGAUUGCGGAAAUUCAUCAAUGUAUCACAGUGCUCCAUUACAAUUAUUAAAAACCAUGGGGGCUCCAUUUAUCUUUAUUAAAAACUGGAAAGAGCUUCCUGCUGUUCUAGAGAAAGAAAAACAAAUGAGCUUACAAGAAAAGAUUCAAAGGAGAAAAAAGCUUAUAGAAUGGUAUCGAAACUUCAAAGCAUGGAUGAGACAGAAAUUCAUUAAUACUUUGGAAAAUUCUUUUUUGCCCAGUGAUAAAGGAUAAAUUGUCCCUUUUGAAAAUCUAGAAUAGAUUGAAAACUUAAUUUCCAUUAACCUUCUGAGGAAGCUUUUAUACAAAAGAAAUCUCACAGGGCAGAUGCAUUCCUUUUGAAGUCAACAGAAUUGCGCUAGCUUGGCCAAGAGCUAUGUUUGGCCCUCCAUCCUUAACAAUUUUCAGAGGUUGUUGACUUAGCAGGAUGGUAGUCUGUAAGAAUGACAACAAUUUUAUUACUCUUUUUACAAUUUCCAUGUUGGUGUGUGACGUGAUAAAUUUUUUCUUAGGAGAGUAUCUUUGAGUAUGUGAACUUGUUAAAAUCCAACAUGAGUACAACAGUUGUGUUUGAAGAAAAGAGAAGAAUGAAAGCUGUAUGGUACGGAGUAAUUUAUUAUGUAGACUAAAGAAGAAAAGUAUGAUUAUAGCAAAAUUGCCAGGUUUAGCACAAUCAUUAAGAUAUAUCCUGGUAAGUGCUUGUUUUGAAAAUGUGAACUGUUUACUUGAUUGACGUUUCAUUUCCAAGAAAGUGGCCAUAAUGCUCAUUAAACACUGUGGAAUAAAAAUUUAUAUUUCAAGGUAAAAAUAGAGAACUCUUUCUUAGAAAUAUUUCAUAGCAAUGUAUUUCCCCUUUAAUUUCAGAUAUCAUAAUUGCUUUCUUUCAUUUCCAUUUAGUCUUGGGACAUAUCUUUCUGAAGUUCUGCUGCGGGAGCAUUCAUUACCUGCAGUUACAGCUGCACAUUCUGAACAUGAGGCCUUAAACAUGAAUUUGCUUGUAGCUUAUCUGAUUUCUCAAAAUCUGCUGAAACUUGUCAACUC